CUCGCGCCCCCCCUGGCAUGCCUCUGCGCCCCCCAGGGGGGGCGCGCCCCCCACUUUGAGAACCACUGCUCUAGCAGCAGCAGCAGCCAGGCGUCGAAGCUGGAGCAACACCAACUGGAAGACGCGCCGUCCAGCAGUCCAGCUGCACCACCAUCAGUAUCAGGCUCCUCAGACUGGGAACCCAGUAGCCCCAUUCUUCUGACAAGUCAGAUCUGUCAGAAAGUCGGGAAGCAUUUGGGGAUGAGAUCUGCCACAAGGAACCCAAAUACAUCGUCUUUGGCUCCAGCCUCGGGAAACUGCUACAGUGGUGCCACUGUCCAUCUUGCGGCAGCGUCGACAUCCGUCAAGUGUGGACAACCACUGGAACACUACCAAACAUGUGACUCCUGUCUGCAGGCAUCUAAGUGGCACCGAGCAUUGGAAACUUCCCUGCAGGCAACAUGCUGUUGUCUGCAGGCAUACUGUUUGCCGGUGCGUCGCCAACAAAGGUGCUGCGAGUCCUAAACCACAUGGGUGUGAUGACCUACGGGAAACGAACAUUCUUCUCACACCAGCGAGACAUCCUGCAGCCUGCAAUACAGGGUGUAUGGACCACCUAACCAACAGGCAGCCCACAUUGCGAUGCUGCAGACUGAAGGGCGACCUCUGGUUCUGGGGGGUGCCGGCAGGGCCGACAGCCCUGGACACUGCGCAAAAUUUGGAACAUACACUACAAUGGAGCUGGAAUCAAAUGUGGUGCUAGACCUACAGCUGGUGCAGAGCAACGAGUGUGGUGGGAGCUACCAUAUGGAACUGGAAGGCCUGAAGAGGAUGGUAGCCUUCUUUGAGGACAUCCUGGAGAUUGGCACUCUCGUCACAGACCGACAUCGCCAGAUUGCCAAAUGGAUUAGAGAGAAUAUGCCGUACACAAAACAUCUGUAUGACAUCUGGCAUGUAGCCAAGUCUGUUGGGAAGAAGCUGAAAGCCAUCUGCAAGCUCAAGGGCUGUGAGGACCUGAAAGCAUGGCAACAGAGCAUCAUCAACCACUUGUACUGGGCAGUGGUUUCCUCCACGCAAGACAACGCGGAACUGAUUGUGGAUAAAUGGAAGUCGGUGGAGCGGCAUGUCCUAAACCUCCACAGCGGCCAUGGUGGAAAGUUCCCCACAUGUGCGCACAAGAGACUACAAGGCAGGGCUCACAAGAAGAAGUGGAUCAAACCAAGUUCACUAUCAGCUGUCAAACUGGUGACAGACAAGAUGCUGUGCAAGGACAUCGGCAAGCUCUCUGCCGUACACCAGACGUCCAAGGUGGAGGGCUUUCACAGCCUCAUCAUUCAGUUUGCACCAAAGUCUUACGUGUACUCCUACACUGGCAUGCUGUGCAGAACCCUUCUUGCCGGACUGCAUUACAACGAGAAUGCCAGCAGACAUACUGCAACUACGAAGGCGGGAGAACAGAGGUUCAAAAUCCGCUACCCCAAGUACAAGGCUGGAGGUCAUGUUGUGAAGAAGAUCCUAGUAGAGGCAACAUUCAGCUAUGUGGAUGAUCUCAUGAGAGAGGUGGUCGACCUCUGCAAGAAACCCAGCGCAGACAGGCCUGUACAGCUGGAGGAGCCUCCCACUCUGUCCUCGGCAAUGGAGAAGCCUGACAAAGCAGAGGCCAUCAAGGCACAUGCCAGUCGUUUCAAGACCAAAUAGUCUGUCACUGUGCAGCUUCAACUGUGGAACUGUAUUAAACAUUCACUUCAGAA